GCUUGUCCUCACUUCUCCUUGCAGAAAGUGAGUGAGAAGGUUGGAGGAGCUGAAGGAACCAAGCUAGAUGAUGACUUCAAAGAGAUGGAACGGAAAGUGGAUGUCACCAGCAGGGCCGUGAUUGAAAUAAUGACGAAAACGAUCGAGUACCUCCAGCCCAAUCCAGCAUCCAGGGCUAAGCUCAGCAUGAUCAACACCAUGUCAAAGAUCCGCGGCCAGGAGAAGGGGCCGGGCUACCCGCAGGCGGAGGCGCUGCUGGCGGAAGCCAUGCUCAAGUUCGGCAGGGAGCUCGGAGAGGAGUGCAAUUUCGGUCCAGCGCUUGGCGAGGUGGGGGAGGCCAUGCGGGAGCUUUCCGAGGUGAAGGACUCACUGGACAUGGAAGUGAAGCAGAACUUCAUCGACCCGCUCCAGAAUCUUCAUGACAAAGACCUGAGAGAAAUUCAGCACCACCUGAAGAAGCUGGAAGGUCGGCGCCUGGACUUUGAUUACAAGAAGAAGCGACAAGGCAAAAUUCCAGACGAAGAGCUCCGUCAAGCUCUGGAGAAAUUUGAUGAGUCUAAAGAAAUCGCCGAGUCGAGCAUGUUUAAUCUCCUGGAGAUGGAUAUUGAACAGGUGAGCCAGCUCUCCGCACUCGUGCAGGCCCAGCUGGAGUACCACAAGCAGGCAGUGCAGAUCCUGCAGCAGGUCACUGUCCGGCUGGAGGAAAGGAUAAGACAGGCCUCCUCUCAGCCUAGAAGGGAGUAUCAGCCGAAACCACGCAUGAGCCUGGAGUUCCCCACUGGAGAUGGCACUCAGCCCAACGGGGGUCUCUCCCACACUGGCACACCCAGACCUGCAGGUGCCCCCAUGGAUCAGCCCUGCUGCCGAGCGCUGUACGACUUUGAACCCGAAAAUGAAGGGGAGUUGGGCUUUAAGGAGGGUGACGUCAUCACACUCACUAACCAGAUUGAUGAGAACUGGUACGAGGGGAUGCUGCACGGCCAGUCAGGCUUCUUCCCCAUCAAUUACGUGGAGAUUCUGGUUGCCCUCCCCCAUUAGGCUGGCACGCUGGCCAGCUCACCUCCGUCUGGCCCAGGUAGCUAAGUUUACCCACUGCUUUGGCAAUGCUGCUCACAACACCCUCGGGUGCAGGCCGCAGUGGACCAAGUCAUCCGCCCCACCCUUGUCUAGGGUUGACUUGUGCGUGCCCACUGGGGUCAUGGUGAUGGCCGGUAUCUUCUGAGCCUGGUGGGCAUGGCAUGUGCUUUUAAACACCCUCGGAGACUACCAGUGGUCACAGAGCUGCCGCUUCCACAGUUCUCGGCAGGCCGCGGGCUUAGGGUAUGGCCAUGAGCCAUGUCACAGCAAGACCAUCCCACUGAAGAUAUUGCCUGUCACCCCGAGGCCGUACCAAGCCCUCAGGUUCUCCAUCCACAGAAGAGGAAGUUCUUGCUUUCACAUUGUCCCUUCCCAAACGUGAGUCAGAAUUGUCAAACAAAUCCUCCCUCACCAGCAGAUUUCCUCUGGUCUAAGUGAGUGAGUGUCCCGAUGCCAGCAGUAGAGAAGUUUUCCGUGUGGAUUGAAAUCAUUCUUGCAACCCUUUCUUCACCCCAUGUAUGCCUGCUUCUGAGGUGCAGCCAGUUUUAUUCCCUCCGUGCUAUUAAAGCUAGAGUGAGAUUCUCGUUUAUUUCUAAAUAAGACAGCAGUCUGCAUAUUAUGGGAUAGGCUGGAGAGAAGACAUUUGCCAUGCUGUGGACUGGGGAAGAGUCGUUUCCAAGUUUACAUGUCUCGCUGUCCAGAAGCCGUGUACAUAUGUAGGCAUUUCUGAAGGAUAAAGGAAGGGAAACAACCAUGAAAUAAGUUUUAUUUAUGAAGUAUGUUUUAUGAAUCUGUUUGGCACAAAGAAAGAAGGAGAAAACUCUAGUAACCUCUUUCCCCUGACUUCACAGAUCAAGAGACAGUAAACACCUUUCACUUCGACCUCGUGUUCCUUGAGCAUCAUUUUGUGCAUAUUCUGCCCUCAAUGAGGACCAAAUAAAGAUGGGUUUUGAGCUUAGCAGAUUAAGGGGUGUGGCUGCUGAUGCCUUCCCAGUUCAGUUGGCACUUUCUUAUCUGUUCUUUCUCUCCCUCCUUCAUUUUGUGUGUACAGUGCUGUGUGUAAGCUGCUCCGUGUUGGGUUUUUCCUAUGUCCUGAAAGUCCUGUUAGGGAUCCAGAGUUCUAUUUAUCUAGCUGUACAGACUCUUCGAGAGGUUUAAUGUGCUGCUUCCAGUGUGCCACCUGCCGUAGUGGGUCAUGUGGAGUAAAAGGCGAUCUUACUGCUUAAUGUAUAAACUCACCAUGGGAAGCAUCGCUGUUUCCAAUAAAUACU